CGAAAAGUCUUACCUACGCCCAUGCAAGCCGUAUGCCCAUUGCCCACGUAACAAAAAAAAAAUAAAAAUAAAAUCUUAUUCAAAUAACAUGAAAAUGCCCCGAAAGUCAUUCGAUACCUCUUGAAUAAGGGAUCCGACCGCCUCUCACCUUUCUCCGGCAUCUUUGUAGCUCCUCCUGGGAGGUUGGCUGGCCAUGUCAUCGUUUACGAGAGCAUGGGCUUCAGAUGUCAGUGCACCGCUAACGGUCAACAACGACAAUAACCACAGCGGUUUAAUUGUGGUCCUUACCGCGGUGUGUUUGUGUCUAUACAUCGUCGCUAUCACAGCACGGAUCUAUUACUCGGGUCAGAAGAGAAAGUUGUCGACAGAUGAUCACACAUUUGUUGCGCUUGUGAUCACUGCCCUCAUACAGGUAGCGCUGGUGUUCGCAGAGGUCCAUUUUGGAUGGGGAACUCGAAGCGAAUCUAUCGAGGCGCACGACAAUAUACGAAUGCUAAAGUUAGGGUUUGCUGCAGAUAUCUUCUCUGUAAUUGUGCUGGGCCUCUCGAAGAUAACUGUUUGCAUAUUCUAUGAGGGUCUGUUCUCUCAGAGACAGCGCCUAUUCAUCCGGGGCCUUUUCCUGGGGGUGGUAAUCUGGACCUUACUUUCUCUCUUCCUUUUGACUAUUCGUUGUACUUCCAGCCCAUGGAACGAGAUUAGUGCCACCCAGUGCAGCAGUUUGUACCCCCGCUGGGAAGCAGUCACCAUUAUCGACAUUUUCACUGAGGUAUCUCUUCUUGUUUAUACGGCACUAGCAAUCAACAAGGUCAGGAUAUCCACGAAAAAAAAGGUCAUCGUAUUCUGUGCUCUCGAAAGUCGAAUGAUACUGAUUCCCUUGGCUGCGGUCCGACUUCAUUAUGUGAAAGAACAACUCGAGUCGGAAACCCCAACACUCAUCGGAGCCUUCGCAACCGUGUGCACGGAGAUAUACUUAGCCCUCAGCGUGUGCUGUCUCUUGACAGCCUUUCUGAAAUCUUUCAUUGCCGUUUACGAGGAUGACUAUGGCAUCUCAUACACGUAUAGAGGCCCCUCUAAAUCUGGGUUCCAAAGCGCAUCCCGGUCUGGAUCCAGGCCGGGGAUCCUUAAAUCCAAGGAUUCGGGCUUCCAUCGCCAGUCGCGCCGUGGCAGCGUGGGUGACCAGCAGCUCAAGGGGUGGGAAAGAGAGGAGACUCCGAUCAUGGACAGAUCAGACACCGGUCGAGGGCUUCAUAUCCUAAGAACAGUGCAUUUGAGCGUGGAGGAUGAGUCUAUAGAGUUUUCGGAGAGGGCUGGGCCUACUAAAUAGAAUCAUUCAUGGCGCCAUUGAAGAAACAAAUCAUAAAAUGUUCGAUCGGUUGCCUUUUUUGUUCUACCUAAAUUCGAGAAUACCAUGACAGGGACUAGCGGUGGAUAUGUCCACUUAGCAUAGCGAC